AUGGCCAGGCUCCGCCCCGGCCUGCUGCUCCUGAUGGCCACGGUGGCCCUCACGUCCAGAGGUUUCCAGGCCUGGGGUUCACCGAAGGUGGUGAGGAAAUUCCAAGACGUCCCCGAAUCCUACGUAUACGUGCAGCAGGCACUGUGGUUCGCCAUGAAGGAGUACAACAAGGCUAGCAAGGACGAGUACACCUUCAAGGUGUUGCAGAUUCUGAAGUCCCAGGAGCAG